AUGUUUAUACCCCACCAAAGAAUUUGCUUGUGGGAUCUGCUGCGCUGCAUUGGAUGUCUUGCUGCAGUAGCUGCAGCAACAGCAGCAAAUGCUGCAGAACAAAGAGUCUUUGUUACAGCAGCAGCAGCAACAUCUGCAGCAGCAGCACCUGCAUCAGCAGACCCUGCAGCAGCAGCAGCAGAUUAUGUUGUUUCUUCGCAGCAUGCAUCCGUUAAUUCUUUGCAUGCAUGGCGUCCCUAUCGAGAAGGAAAUGCUAACCCUGCUGCUGCUGAUGCUGAUGCUGCAGCAGCUUCUGCAAGCGACGCAGAUGCAGGUGCCCCGUAUCGUUCUCCUGCUGCUGCUGCUGCUGCAUCAGCAAGAGAGGACCAUGGGGGUGAUGAUACUGCUGCAGCAGCAGCAAGAGAUGCAAAAUCUGCUGCUGCUGCUGCAGCAGCAGCAGCAGCUUUUGAGGAUAAUUUAGUGUCUGUAGAAACACAACCUGAGGGUGGCAAGGAUGCAGCAGCAGCAGCAAAAGAGGCGGAUGUUGUAUUUGGUGCAUCAGGAGAAGAGGUAUUAGCAGCAGCAAGAGCAGCAGCAGCAGCAGCAACAGCAGCAGCAGCAAGAGCAGAAGCAGAAUAUGUUUCUAGUGUAUCCCCAAAGGAAUGCGAAUCAUUAUGCGAUGAAGCAGCAGCAACAGUAGCAGCAGCAGCAGAAGCAGCAGCACAAGCUCAAGCAGCAGCAGAACGUCGUGCAGCACGUGCAGCAGCAGCAGCAGCAGAAUUAGAAACAAUUCUUCCUCUUAAGGAAGAAGUACUGCAGCAAGAAUGUUUGGUGCUGCUGCAAGAAAUAGAGCAAAUAUCUACUAUAGGUACUCGUUGCUUAUUAAGUUACCCUAGUACAUAUAUAUUUAGGGGUACAGAAUUGCUGCUAGCAUUAUCAAUAGAGUUAGCUAUGUUACAGUCUGCUGCUCCUGCUGCAGUGCAGCAGCAGCAGCAGAAAACUGCUGCUAAUGUACUGCAACAAUGGCACCAACUCUUUUCUGCACUAGAGGAAAGAGGUAUGAGUAAUAGUGAUAAAAGAAAGGCAACAAGUGCAUUAAAUAUAUUAAUUGGUCUUAUUACUAUUGCUAGUAACAAGGAAGAAGUUAUACAACAAAUGUUAAUAGAAGAUGAACAAAGAAUGCAAGAAAUCGAGCAGAAGCAACAGCAGCAGCAGCAGCAGCAGCAACAGCAGCAGGGAGAGGGACAGGAACAAGAACAGUUCACAGAUGUUAAGGGUAAGCAGAAACAGCUGCAGCAGGAAGAAGAGGAGGAAAAAGAAUAUAGAGAAGAAGAGAAGGAAGCAGCAGCAGCAGCAGCAGAAGCAGCAGGAGAAGAAGAGGAAGAAGAAGAGGAAGAAGAAGAAGAAGAAGAAGAAGAAGAAGAAGAAGAAGAAGAAGAAGAAGAAGAAGAAGAAGAAGAACAGCAAGGAGGAGGAGGAGAAGAAGGAGAGUAUACGAAACUUCUUAAUAGUCGUGUAUUGCUACAUCUGCAGCAAAAAGAGCAGCAGCAGCAAGAGGAGCAGCAACAAAAGAAAUUAUCUAUAUUACGUCAAGAAUUAAUACUAGCACCAGCAGCAGCAGCAGCAGCAGCAGCAGCAGCAGCAGCAGCACCUGCAGCAGCAGCAGCAGCAGCAGCAGCAGCAGCAGCAGCAGCAGCAGCAGCAGCACCUGCAGCAGCAGCAGCAGCACCUGCAGCAGCAAUGGGGAGAGGAAGAAGGGAAAGAGAGGGAUCCGUCGGUACUGAGGCAGAAACAGCAACAGCAGCUGCAGCAGUGGCAGCAGUGGCAGCAGUGGCAGCAGCAGCAGCAGCAGCAGCAGCAGUGGCAGCAGCGAGAAGCGAGAGAGAAGCUGCAGAAGAAUAUUCAUACAAUGCAGAUGAAGAUUGUUCAAAAGCUGCAGCAACUGCAACAAGUGCAGCAGCAGCAACAGCAGCAACUUGCUGUUGA